AUGCUUGGCGCAUCGACUGAUUAUACAAUAGAACUAACAGAAAUCCUCAAGGAGAGCUCUCAAUGCAUCCCACAAGCUCUUUUUGAUCAACUUUCGAACCCGACAUCAAACACAUCCCAACGACUAGAUAUCCUGUCAGAUCUCCUUCUCCAUCCAUGCCUUACACUCGUAUUAACCCGAAACUGUCGUCCAAUCCUCGUAGACCUGGUUGGACGAGCUAGACUACGCUUGAAUCAACAAAGUGUGAUUCCAGUUUGUUGCCCUUCUAGUGAUGCAGUAGACGAUCAGUCUGUUUCAAAAGACCCGGUCAAGUCUUUGAAACGUGAUAGGAGAGGGCGCAUGGUUAUUCAUGGUCAAAAGAGGGUGUUGGAUGAGUGUGCUUGUGCAACGCCGUCAAAUGAAAAGGAUUGGGAUUGGACACGAUCUGAGCUCUUGUUGGGAGCUUUGGCUACUGUUUUGUCUGUUGCACCUCAAUUAUUAGGGCACUCGGUCGGCUUCCUCAUAUCUUUCACGCCCGACUUUGAAUCUCUGAAUCCAAUGUCAAAUCAUACCUCAAAUCCUAGAAAGGCACGGUUUUUGGCUAGAGCCAUGCUGAGGCUCCUAGUCCAAUUACGAGGUGUUCAUACUCCCAAUUGGCCUAUUCAUCAACUUGUAAAUUUGCUAUCAGAAACCGAUGAAUACACUUGUGCAUAUAUUGCUCAUUGUAUCGCCGAGCUACUCAACAUGGUCCAACAAGAAAAGGAUGAAUUCUUGAAAAAACACGUUUUUGCUAGUUUGUUGAUGCUGAUGAGCGUCGAAGAACAUAUAGAUUCAAUAGAAAGAAGUUAUUUAUUCCUGCCUUCGGAUAUAGAAAGCACACGGAAUGAUACUACGACUGCAGUAUCUCAAUCAUCACCUCCAAAUGGUAUAAUAGAUCGUGGUAUCACUAGUACGACCGUGAUUGUCAAACCUACAGACUUGUGCUCCUGGACUGCCAAUCUGGCUGGAGUCCUGUUGAUGAAAGCAAUACCGGAAGCUACGUCGACACCACCAAGUACAUAUAACCCUCUUACACCAACGUCGACUUUACAACGAAACUUGUUUCAGCUCGGUUUGGCCAUAUCGUUGAGAAUGCCCACCUUACUCUCUGGUAUAGCAGGUGCUGGCAAGACGUCACUUGUAGAAGAAGCAGCUAGGCUCAUGGGUCAGAAAGAGGUAUUGAGAGUUCAUUUGGGAGACCAAACAGAUAGCAAGCUUCUCAUAGGCACAUAUAUAUGUACAGCUCCAGGUGAAUUCAAAUGGCAGCCUGGAGUUCUGACUUGUGCCGUCCGCGAUGGACGAUGGAUUGUAUUCGAAGAUGUCGACUUGGCACCUCUCGACGUCAUAUCUGUAUUAAGACCUCUACUAGAAACUAGACAGCUAUCUAUACCAUCUCGAAACGAAGUCAUCAAAGCUGCUGAAACAUUCCGUAUAUUCGGGACUAGACGAACCCAUGAAACAAUGAGUGGUGCAUCUACGUCCAAUCAGCAUAUAGACCAGCUAUGGCAUAAGGUUACAGUUGAACACAUGCCAAUGAAUGAGAUUCAAGAAGUCAUCGUAGAUUUAUAUCCUCGUCUUCAACCACUAGUCGCAGAUAUACUCCGAGCAUUUGAAGCAGUCGCCGCGUAUUCCCAUAAAUCAUCCUUUCGAGGUCGUAUAUUGACUACACGAGAUCUCCUCAAAUGGUGCAAACGUAUAAAUCAAAUCACGAGUAGUCGUAGGAACGAAAUACCAACAUUACAGUUAUGGGAGGAUAUAUUCUAUGAAGGUGUUGUCUGUUUGGGUGAAAUGUCUCCCAAUAUGGCUGUUAGAUCCAUCAUUAUGGAUCUCCUUGGUGAGCAACUCAACUUGCCAGAACACCGUAUCGCAUUUUAUCGUGAUAUGUAUGCUCCAGAACCUAUGGCCGUUAGUGAAGGAGUUGUCGUAUGCGGUCGAUACUCGUUGCCAAUAACCAUGUCCAACACUCCUUCCGUCUCACAAACCAUGACGUUUGCCGAGACCACUCAUGCUAGACGACUAUUACAGAUACUUGCUGGUGCUAUAAGCCAUCAAGAACCUAUACUUUUAGUAGGAGAAACAGGAACUGGUAAAACCACUCUAGUCCAACACUUGGCCAACUCGAUGGGUCAGAAACUCGUCAGUUUGAACUUGUCUCAACAAUCGGAUUCUGCUGAUCUCUUGGGCGGCUUUCGUCCUGUUGAAGUCAAUCAACUGAUGCUGCCAUUAUAUGAUGAUUUCCAUGAAUUGUUUGUAAAAACGUUCCCGACCAAAUCCAAUACUGCCUUUUUGGAUUCCAUUGAUGGUUUACGACGCAAGAGACGAUGGAAGCCAUUACUCAAUACUUUUGAAAGUGGUGUUACAAAGGCUCGUAGUAUGUUGAAUACUAGCGGUAAUGGUGGUAUAAAUCAACCGUCGAAAAAAAGACGUUUGGAUGCCACUAUAGUUGAAGAGUGGGAUUUGUUGAGUACGAGGAUUGGCAAGCUGCGCGUAGAGCUUGAGAAUGAGGGUCGCAUGUCAUUCACUUUUGAGGAAGGUCCGCUUGUAAAAGCCUUCAAACAUGGCCAUUACGUCUUGUUAGAUGAAGUCAACUUGGCUCCAGCCGAAACUCUAGAGACUCUGUCUGGUCUCUUAGAAGGCAGCAUCCUACUAUUAGAACGUGGUGACACUCAUCCCAUAAAACCACAUCCAAACUUUCGCAUAUUUGCCUGCAUGAAUCCAUCUGGAGAUGCGGGCAAACGUGAACUACCACCAGGCGUCAGGUCACGUUUCACCGAAGUAUUUGUCGAAUCACCCGAUGUCAACCGUCGAGAUCUACGUCUCAUUGUCCAGAAAUACUUGGUCAAUGUAUUAGCAAUGUCUAAAAACUCUGAACAGUUGAUUGAAGACGUGCUUGACUUUUAUUAUACUAUAAAGGGUAUGACAAUGUAUGAUGGUGGAGGAGCUGUCUUGCAUACUAGUAUAAGGACAUUGAGUCGGGCCCUGACUUUUGCACGAGAUCAGGCUGUUAGUUUAGGUCUCCAUAGAAGCUUGUUUGAAGGAUUGGUUAUGACGUUUGUUACUCAAUGUGGCUCUGAAAGUGCUAAAGAGUGUUUGAGAACGAUGACUUCUUUGAUUACCUUUCGUCGACAAGGUCUCAAAUAUGAAGCAAUCGACUCAAAUGAGAAUGGACCAUCAAUAUCAGUUGGACCAUUCAAAAUCGACUCUGGCCCUCUGCAACAUACUGUGGAUCCCUACUAUGUCAUAACACCAUCUGUAUAUACAAACAUUGUCAAUCUGAUGAGAUCUGUCGCUGCCCGAAAGUAUCCUAUUCUCAUUCAAGGUCCAACGUCAUCUGGAAAGACCAGUAUUAUAAACUACCUGGCCAAACGAACCGGUCAUCAAUUUGUCCGUGUAAAUAACUCAGAGCAUACAGAUUUGCAAGAGUAUAUGGGUAGUUAUGCUAGUGAUACUACUGGUAAACUCGUCUUUCAAGAUGGUGUACUGGUAUCGGCAUUACGACAUGGUCAUUGGAUCGUCUUGGAUGAACUGAAUCUGGCACCAACGGAUGUACUUGAAGCCUUGAAUAGACUGCUGGAUGAUAAUCGUGAACUACGUAUUCCAGAAACCGAUGAAAUCAUAAAGCCACAUCCGAACUUUAUGCUAUUUGCUACUCAAAACCCGCCUGGUUUGUAUGGUGGUCGUAAACCACUAUCACGAGCAUUCCGUAAUCGAUUCCUUGAACUUCAUUUCGAUGAAGUACCUAAAGAUGAAUUAGGUGUGAUCUUGGAGAAAAGAUGUAAUAUGGCUCCUAGUCAUGCUAAAGCCAUUGUAUCAGUCUUUAACGAACUACACGCUAAGCGUGGUCGUGGACGUGUAUUCGACCGUGAUGGCUUCAUCACUUUACGAGAUCUCUUUCGUUGGGGUGAUCGUGGUGGACUCAGCUAUCAAGACUUGGCUGAAAACGGAUAUAUGCUUCUAGCAGAACGUAUUCGAGUCUCUGAAGAUAAAUUCGUAGUACAGGAAGCACUUGAGAAAUGCAUGAGAUGUAAAUUACAAGUCUCUGAAAUGUAUGAACGGCUCUUUGCAUCCCUAUUUACAGAUCAAACACCAGAACAAACGACGCUACAAACGUAUAUAAACUGGACUGGUGAAGCUAAACGAGUCGUUGUACUCUUGUCUCGAUGUAUCCAACAUUCAGAACCUGUCUUACUGGUUGGUGAAACUGGAACUGGUAAAACUACGCUUUGCCAAUAUGUAGCUAGUGCUUUGGCAAAGAAGUCUCUUGUUGUAGUCAAUGCACAUCAGUCUUCAGAAUCAUCGGAUUUCUUGGGUAGUAUGAGACCAGUCAGAAAUGAUGCCAUGGAGGGAGUCGAGUCGACGAGUCAUGAUAAACCAGAUACUGAUAUUGCUACAGCCACUACUACAGCAGCCAGUAAUAGAUUUGAAUGGCGAGAUGGUCCAUUAACUCAAGCAGUCAAAUCUGGAGACUUCUUCCUAUUGGAUGAAUUAUCACUUGCUGAUGACUCAGUCCUAGAACGCCUCAAUCCAUUACUCGAAACGUCACGAUCUAUGGUAUUAACAGAAAAGGGUGGUGGCAGCGGUGGUGCAGAAAUGUUCCACGCACACCCGCAAUUCCGAUUCUUUGCAACCAUGAAUCCUGGUGGCGAUUACGGGAAGCGUGAAUUAUCGCCUGCUCUCCGUAAUCGAUUCACUGAAAUCUGGGUUUCAGUAUUGAGUAAUCCAGAAGAAUUAAAAGAGGUUGUUAAAGCCCGGUUGACUAUUAUCGAUGAUGAUAAAGAAGUUCUUGCUCAACGAAUGGUGGAAUUCGUACUUUGGUUUGCUAGUCUUUUGAAAAAGCCGUGGUAUGAGGUUGUCAGUUUACGUGAUAUGGUGGGCUGGUCUGGGUUUAUCAAUCAAAUGUCGAUGGCCUUGUCUUUGGAUGAAGGGUUUCUUCAUGGUGCUAUGAUGGUGCUUGUGGAUGGUAUUGGUGUUAAUCCAUUGUAUGGAAUGAUGUCUUCGUCGUUGGCAUGUAAAAUUCGCCAAGAAUGUAUAGAAGCACUGCAUUCAUCCAGGGAUGAUUAUACACUCGCAAUUGAUGAUCCGUCACAAUUGAGAAUCGGUCCAUUCUCACUUCCACGAUAUGACGCAACGUCGCCUGACAACAGGGAUGCCAUGAACGACUUUGAUUUCUUGGCUCCAACUGUAUCAAGAAACGCUCUUCGUGUAGUCAGAGCACUUCAAAUCAACAAACCAGUCUUAUUGGAAGGUCUUCCAGGAGUUGGCAAAACCAGUCUCAUAACGGCUAUGGGUCGCCUCGUAAAUAAGACCGUAGUACGAAUCAAUCUCAGUGACCAAACCGAUCUUAUGGACCUGUUUGGCUCAGACUUGCCAGUAGAAGAUGGCGAAGCUGGUGAAUUCGCUUGGAGAGACGGUGCAUUCUUGAGUGCUAUGCGACUAGGUCAUUGGGUAUUACUAGACGAACUCAACUUGGCAUCACAGUCUGUACUUGAAGGACUAAACGCAUGUUUGGAUUUCCGACGUACCGUAUUCAUACCAGAACUUAAUCGAGAAUUCCCAUGCCAUGAAGAAUUCCGGGUGUUUGCAGCCCAGAAUCCGCAUAUAGAAGGUGGCGGGCGUAAAGGUCUACCAAAGAGCUUUAUGAAUCGGUUCACGGCAGUGUAUAUGGAAGAGUUUGAUAAUCAGGAUUUGAGAUUGCUUGUCAAGUCUUUACAUCCGAGUUUGUCACUGGAUUUGUGUGAGAAGAUGAUCAAGUUGUUGUCUAUAUUCAAAUCCAAAGGACUCGAUCACUUUAACCUUCGUGAUAUAUUACGAUGGGCUCAAGUGCUUCCAUUUGUGUCCCUAGAAGAUUCUUUGGAUCUGAUUUUUGUUGCUCGUCUGAGAACUGAAGACUCUAGGAAUGAGGUCUGCUCAACUAUUGAGAGUCUCUUUGGCUGCCAACCACAUACUGAUAUUCAUUGGAAGAUGACGACCACUCAUUUCCAGAUUGGAAGUGCGACACUUGAACGAUCCCAACAUCCCGAUUUCCAAGAACGGCAUCUGAAUUUGCCUAUAUUGCCAUCACUAUUACCAGCUCUGGCACACUUAAUGAUUGGAGUCAACAUGAACUGGCCUGUGUUGCUCACAGGUCCAGCUGCAUCUGGUAAAACCACAUUGAUUCGCCAUAUAGCUGCUGUGGCACAACAACCACUAUCAGAAUUCGCCAUGAAUCCUGGUGUGGACGCUCUUGAGCUCUUGGGUGGAUUUGAACAGCAAAGUUUAGAUCGACUAUGGUCUCAUAUAGUACUCGAGCUGACUCAAGUUGACCAGAGACUCAUGAGAGCCCUUGUCAAACACGAUAAUAUAGCGGCUCUGCUAGAACGAUUACAGUAUUCUCAAGUCUCGGAUGUCAACGUCGACAAUAUUAUUAACGAUUUGGAGGUCUUGACUAGUCAGGCUGGAAUCACGAACGUCAAUUUUGCUUCUAUUCGUCGUAGCUUGCUGCGCUAUCAUCAAGCUCGUGAUGGUGGUACAUCAGGACGAUUUGAAUGGGUUGAUGGAGCUCUUGUCCGAGCUGUGCAAAACGGUCAUUGGCUGUUGAUUGAUAAUGUAAACUUUUGUACAGCAAGUGUCUUGGACCGUCUGAAUUCAUUGUUGGAGCCUGGUGGUGUCCUUGUGUUGAAUGAAAGAGGUCUAGUCAACGGAGAGGUCAUUAUCGUCAACCCUCAUCCAAACUUCCGCAUAUUCAUGACAAUGGAUCCAGCUUAUGGUGAGAUUUCUCCAGCAAUGAGGAAUCGAUCUAUUGAAAUUAGCCUAGCUCCGCCAGUCUGGGCUUCAUCUCCCAAAUCCAUUGAUGCUAUUCGUGUUUUAAACCACAAUGGUAUAAUUGGACGUGAUAUGUGUCAUUCGGUAGAUUGUACUCGAGACGCCAGGUCGUUGAUUUCUUCUGCUCGGGUAACAAUGGAAUUGUUACAACGUGGCGAAAAGAUUGGCACGACAUUUUUCAAUCUGCCAUCGACUUUAAAGACCUCUACCACGACUGAUAUGGCAUAUCCAACAGUAUGGCCUCACUCAAUCAACCAGCAUAGAGUUGUCUGGCAAUCAUCAGCUUUAUAUUAUGCUUCCAUAAUCAACCCAGCCUCAUUAUCAGUCUUCGCUUCAUCGGAAUCUUUAGCAGACGAGAUUGAUAAAUCCGACGUCAACCUCGCAUCUUCUUGGCUUACAGGAUUUGGUGCUCUAGCACAGGAGCUUUUAGAAGCAGUCGUUAACGUAAAUGAUGAUUUUAGCUAUCAUGGCAGACGACGAGCCUACUUCCGACUUGUAUAUAGUAAGAAAGAGAAUACGGAGGGAGGAAGUUCUAUCAUGCAACGAGCUAUUGCUAUGAAUGAAGGAAGCAUCGUUGCACAAUCUUGGACUGAUGAGAUCUUGAUGUGGUUGGGUAGAGCCAGCAUUGAAUUUGUGGGAGAUAUCUCUGACCUGCUUCCUGCGGUUCAAGAUUGGAAGCAAUUGCACUGCGCAUGGGAUUAUCGAGAUGACUUGGUCAAUAGUCUACGUCAAGAAACUGUGGACAUCAUGCAACUCUAUGUAUUGUGCAGACGAUUCCAUAAAGCAGUUGGUGGAAACUUGCCAAAAUCCUCGACUAGUCUAUCGAGAGCCAUGGCAUUGUUCAGCAAUCAUCAAUUCGGUAGUGUUAGCUCCCUAUGGAAACAAUGGAGAGGUAGCAUGACCAGACGUCGUGACAUAUGGGACGUAGAAUCCACGUUUCGUAAAAUUGACAACACUCUUCAGCUUCCACAUACAUCGGAAUCAUGGCUGUUGCACCCACUAUUGACUGUAAAUGAUGCAUUCAAGUCGGAUGUGUUACAGGCGUUGGCAACUUUGUCAAGUCUUGAAUCAGUUGAUAAUACAGAUUUGCUCACUGUGCUCCAAUCAGUUGGUGAACAGCUCAGUAAUCAGGAUAAUCAGUCGGCCUUGGCGUUGAUACAAGCUGAUAACCAACAGCUGAUUCCACUUGGAUCGCUUCAGACUUUGCAUGACCGUCUGCAAGCGGUUGCUCAGUGGGUGGUAAACGACUCGGUUGCUUCCAUAUUCGAAGUGAACGUCUUGGCUUCUGUUUGUAACGCUCGAGAUAGCACUAGUUUAGUCAAAAAUGCUCUCGAAUUUUGUAAAACCAAAUCGUCACGAACUCCAGCAGCCAUGGAGUAUCUUCAACGUCUCCAGUGGAUUGUUAACCAAGGAGACAUAGCAGAUUCACAAAUGGAAGAAGUUGUGUCAGUCGGAAUUUAUAGAUUCUUCAAAAGUCUUUGGUUCACUCCUCGUGUCGCCAUUAGCGAUGCAGUAUUUUCUGCAUCUCGAUUCAUGGAAGGAGUCAAGGUUGAAUCAUCUGCUGGAAGUGAAGUGCUCUAUCAGGACUCACUUCCAUUUGUUGUUUUGAAUGCUUUAACGAGUCUAGACAAGAUAAAUAUUUCAGAUAUUGAGUCGUUCUCAAGUCAGCUUUCUAAUAUUGCGUUGGCUAUUGAGAAUCGACCGUUGCCGGACGUGAGAGAAGCCGACGAUUGCAUUCUGGAACGAUUCACGAGCUUGAUGUCCAAGUCUAGUCUUCAACCAAUUGAAGUGCAACGAGAAGGUGUUUCGGCUGACCAAGCUAGAGGUCGAGCAUACGUAGUGAACGCCAUUGCUUUUAUAAAGGCGUAUGUACCCGAAACUCCCAUGGAUCCAUCCAUAUCACCUGCAGUCAAACGUGGUGCAAUAACUGAACACAUACGUCUUCUUCAAGACGACAUUACUGUGAGGUCAGAAAUGGAAUACUUGACGACCGGAAGUCGUGAGAAUCCCAAAAUAAAUGAAAGGCAGUCAAUCGUCGCUGAAUAUCAGAAACGCCUCGCUAAAUACGAAAGACGGAUGGCUUUACGACCAGAAACACCACAGCUUUCCGAUAUAUUCCAGGAUGUAUUGAUGCUCAUGACCAAUGUACUGCCUAACGUCUCUCAUCUGGUCGAUUUAGUGGAACCGAACACGGAGCGAGAGCAUCAUUUGCAAAGCAUGCUAUCUGCCUUCAUAGUCAAGAUGGAAACUAGCUACCCCAUGUACCGAGACUUGUUGCAGCCAAUCUGUCAAGUAGUGCUCUACAUCAAACAUGGUCUUCGUUUGCUUAAUCUACCAAAAUCACAAGAAACAUCGCUAAAGGUGGUCUGUGGUCUUGAUCAACCUUGUUGGCCUGUCGCAGACGCCCAUACCCAGAAACUUCAAUAUUUGAACUUUGUCGCUUCGGUUUGUAAUGAUGUCGAUAUUUUAGAUUUUGGAGAUGUUGUCUCGACUUUAGCACUGAAAUGGAAGGCUGACGUCCAAAAGGAAUAUGAUGAGAAGAUUGCUUCUACAUCGCUUUUCAGAUUUAAAAUAGACUUGACGGAUUAUACGUUUGCUAAUUAUGAUGAGGACUUUGCAGACAUGAUGGCCAAAGACGAUACAGUUAUGGAGCCGCCAGUCAACGACGAGAAAUCAAAAUCGUCGCCAGCAGGAUCUGGCCUCAGUCAUCUCAACAUACAGCUAGUCCGACUAUUUAAUUCCGUUCUGUCGCAUAUUCAGAAAACUUCGUCGGGAUCCGUCAGUAGUAUCUAUAUGGAGCACUUCACGUCUCUUUAUAUUGCUACACUAGCAAAAUGUAGUAAUAUAACUAGAGAAGAACAGAGCAAGUUGGCAUUGGGUGAAACUAUGCUGAUCAACGACAUUCGCAAAUCCCUAAAACAAACCUCAACUGACUUUUAUCGAGAUGCCAAUCCUGAUCAACUGUCACAACAUUGUAUGCCAGUUUUGAUAAGGUUUCAACAACGAAUUGUUGAACUCUUGGCACAGUGGCCUGAACAUAAUGGACUUCAAAGCUUGGCAAUGAUUUGCUCACGACUUGCAAACAUGCCCAUGAACACGCCGAUUGCACGAGUCUUGAACGGACUGCAAGUAUUGCUGAUGAAGUCAAAUGAUUGGGAAUCUUAUGCUAGUCGAGAAGUCUCUCUGAAAGCUGAAAUGAAUGAUUUGAUCCAAUUGAUCAUUCAAUGGAGAAAGCUGGAAUUGUCCUCUUGGAUGCAGUUGCUACAAGUUGAAGAGCAACGUAUGAGUGAUGGAGUAUCGGCUCUGUGGAUACAUCUUUAUAGUAUUUUAGUAGCCUCAAAGUCUUCAGCUAGUAAUUUACUGGAUGCAUUGGAUGAAUUCUGUCUAUCAUCACCUUGCGGUGAAUUCGAAGCUCGUCUAGGCAUGAUUUGGAACAUUUACCAAUUUCUGAAAUUGUCACAGUGUGCCAGUAACCAACAGGGGCUUGACGACGAAGAAGAAUCAACCAUUGUCAUUCAUAAUAUUUAUCGAUUCUACCGUCUAUUAUCACCACAUCUAUCCAACACUAUAAAUCAGAAGAAAAAGCCCAUCCAGUCUCAACUAGUUGACAUUGUUAAGAUCGCUAGCUGGAAGGACGUAAACGUAUAUGCCUUGGAAGCCAGUGCCAAAAAGAGUCACCAUCAGUUGAUGAAGUGGGUCAAAAAGUACAGAGAUGUCUUGCAAGAGCCAAUGCUGAAUGUCCUAAAGACAGUGUCUGAGACCGGCCGACAAACCCAUUUGAUUCGACCUGGCACAGAUAAAGCACGUGCUAUAGAGCUAGAUCGACAAUGGGUCGCACGUCACAAUCUGUAUGGUUUUGGUCCAGAGUUGGUGGAUAUAGCUUGGGAAGCUUUGGAAAGCAUCAAGGGCAUUCAGGAUACAAACUCUGACAGUCUAAACACAGCUGCUGACACCGAUAAGAAGGAUGAUGAUAAAAAGAAGAAGCCAAAACUAGCAAUUCCAAAGGGUGUAGCAACCAAGGCUUUAGCUGAUGUAUUCCGUGAGCUUAAACGUCUUGGGUUGUCAUCCUCACAUCAGAUCAUGGAUAAGAAAAGUUGGUUGUAUGUUGAUACCGAGAGAGUUGGAUCUGUGCUGGAGGCCUUGCCUAGAAUAUCAUCACAACCACAAUUGCCAGAGUUUAGUGAUGUCAAGUAUUUCGAGGUGUUUGCUCAAGUAUCAAUAUUGAACGAAGCUGUAGCAAAUCCCAUCACAACACUACCUUUAAAUGAUUCACAACGAUGUGGGGCCCUCAGCAAUCAUGUUUUCCGAAUAAUCGUCGACGCCACCUCGUUGAAUUCUACAAUCGCAAGGGUCUCUCGAUCUUUAUUAUCAUUAAUCCAGCCAUUGGCUAAAUCGACUCACCUCGUAAGAACGCAAGAGGCAACGGCCUUAUUGUCUCAACAUCAUCAUGUCGUGUGUAAUAUUUACGCCAUGUUAUGUCAAGCCGAUAUGAUAGAGACAGCAGAGACGAAAACCAAGAUUCAGCAAGCUCAGAACGACCUUACUCCCGUAAAGAACGAUCUUCACCGCAUCAUUCAAGUAUCAAAGUACCAGUCUUUCAUUUCUCAAGAGGAUGUAGAUGAGCUUUGUAAACGAGCAGUAGAUGCUGUUCAACGAGUCGAGCUACUCAAUAUUCCAUCCGUGACUGCAAGUGCUUCCGUCUUAGUAAGUGCUAUGGAAAGCAAUGAUAGUGUUUCCAACGAAGCAGAGAGUACGAACAAAAUCAUGGCAUGUAUCGCAUCAUUAGCAUCGCCUUCUGCAAACAUGGAUAGUCCCCUAACAGAAUCUUGUCGAGUAUACCAACAAUGGGUACCCAUUAUGAAACAACUCGAUGAAGAGCUGAUGUCGUAUCUCUCAUCUCAUCACUCAAGUAUCUCUCCAGCAACGCAACAAGGUCUGCUAGAAUGUCUGCAUAAACUAUAUCUCAAAGUAGUGGAAUUCGCCAUCUUUUACGACUCACUCUGUAAAUUCGGUCAUAUUGUGACCAGUGUAUUCAUCAAUCUUCUCACUCGUGGUUUCUGUUACGCUGAGAGUGAAAAUGAUGAUACCGAACAGCCAUCUGCUAGUGAUAUCGUAGAUGGAACUGGUAUUGGCGAAGGUGAUGGGUUGAAGGAUGUUACAGACGAGCUCGAUAAUCAAGAACAAGCUUUAGAUACCAAUGAUCAACCACAGCCUACCAAAAAGAACAAGGAUCAAACGACAGACCAAGGAAUGGAAAUGGAAGAUGAUUUUGAAGGGGAGAUGGAAGAUGUUGAAGAAAGAGAGUCUGACCAGGAAGACCAAGAAGAAGACAGUGAAGAGCCUGAUGAGGAAAUGGGUGAUUUGGGACACUCUGAUGAAAACCGUGAUAAUAAAGUCAAGAACUCUGGUGAUGGAGGCUCAGAUCAAGAUGAGCAAGAAGGUCCUCAAAUCAAUGACGAAAGUCAAUUAUCUGAGACUGUUGCCAAGAACGAUCUAGACCCAACGCAACAAAACGAAAAUCCAGCUACCGAUAAACAUGAUAAAGCGCCAGAACAAGAUCAAGGUGGUGACGAAAAUGCUAAAGAGAAUGAACCAGCCUCCAUCGAUCAGUCACAUCCCGAAAUAUUAGAACACGAUUUAGAUCUAGAGCUACCAUCAAACCCACCAGAGCCAUCAGAAGCUGGUUCGGAUAUAGGAUCGGACGCGUCAGAAAUGGGAUCAGAAGAAGGAGGUCUUGAUGAUAAGGACCACGAUGAUGGUACCAAAAACUCUGACGUUGAGAAAUCAAACCUGGAUGAUCCUAUGGAUGUUGAUGUCGACGAAUUGGAUAUGCAAAAUGAAGAUCUGUCUAAUGAUGAGAAUAUGGAUGAAAGUGGUGAUGAGCCAGAUGACGCCUCUGUUGGUGCCAAAGACGAAAAUCAUGUCGACGGAGAGAAUGAAGAGACAAGAGAUGUCGAGAAAGAAGACGGUGACGAAAUUCAACCUCAGUCUUCCAAAUCUCAAGGCGCUCAAGGGGAGUUUGGUGUCGAGUCUAAAGAAGAUACCAAAGAUGACAAUAGAAAUGAUACUGGAAACAAUGGUGCUAACGGCUCCAACAGUACAACCAUCGAAGCUACUGAUGCAGCAGGUUCCGACAUGAUGCAACAACAAAAGCCUACUGGGCAAUCAUCUCGCCCCAGACCACAAAAUCGCAAACCAGAUGUAAAUCCACAUCGUAGUCUUGGAGACGCAUUAAAGAGUUGGCUUGAUCGUUUGCAUGAGAUUCGAGAGGGCGAAAUGGCUCCACAAGAAUCUGGAGACUCGACUGAUUUCGAGUAUGUCCACGACGAUCAAGAUGCUUCUGAUGCUCAAGCUGUUGGUGACGCAACAGCUGAACAAGCUAGUUUUGAGCUCAAAGAACUCGAUAACAAAGGUGUAGAUGAAAAUAAUGAUAAUAACACCAUACCCCCACCCAUAAAGGACUCGGAUGACAGUCCUCCCACUGAAUCUAAACCAUUUAAAUCUAACCCAUUAGCUCAACGUAACGAUAAAUCGAACAAGAGGCAAGAUGAAAUGGGGAUGGACGUUGAAUCGGCAAAUGUAGAUGAUGUUGAUGACUCCCGUGAAGACCACGGAGACGGAUUCAACAAUGUAGCUGAUAUGAUUGAAGAUGAAAAAGAAGCACAAGAUGAUGUAAAUCAAGAUAUGGUCAAGCUACGUGAAGAAUUGGAGCAGGCGGUUGCGAAUUGGAUGGAGGAUGGGCACACCACAUCAGCCACUCAACCCACCCAGCAUGAGCUGUGGCAAAAAUAUACCCAUCUUACUCGUCACCUUGCCAUCCACCUGUACAAUCAACUUCAGCUAAUCUUGGCUCCAACACUACUAUCCCAUCUCAAGGGUGACUAUAAAACUGGAAAACGACUCAAUAUGAGGAAAAUCAUACCAUAUAUAGCCAGCAAUUAUAAAAAGGACAAGAUUUGGUUACGUAGAACCAAACCAAACAAACGAGAAUAUAAAGUCUUGUUGGCUAUCGACGACUCUAAAUCUAUGGCCGAGUCUCACUGUGUCCAAUUAGCAUACGAAUCACUCGCUGUGGUUGCCAAAGCAUUAUCACAGCUUGAAGUAGGACAGCUCGCUAUAGCCAGUUUUGGUGAAUCAAUGCAAGUUCUUCAUCCAUUUGAACGUGCGUUUGAUGAUACGAGUGGUGCCAAUGUCAUGAGUCGCUUCUCGUUUGCUCAAACAAGGACCAACGUUCGUGAUUUGAUGGUACAAUCGCUGGCAAUGUUUGACGCCAAUAAUAACAAUCAAUAUAAGCAGAAUGAGUUGUGGGGACUGCAGAUUAUUAUCUCUGAUGGUAUUAUGAAUGAUCAUGAGGCAGUCAAGUCAAUGGUACGGCUAGCUGCUGAGAAGCGAGUCAUUUCUGUCUUUGUGAUCAUUGAUAGUCUGAGAGGCAGUGAGUCUAUAAUGAAGAUGACCAAUGUGGUGUAUGAACAAGAUGCUUCUGGGACUAAGCUCAAAUUGUCGAACUAUAUGGACACCUUCCCAUUCGAUUACUUUGUCCAUGUCAAGUCUAUUGACGACCUACCAAAUAUUCUAUCUGACACUCUUCGUCAAUUUUUCCAAGCUGUGAGCAGUCUCUAA